GAACAUUCUAGAUGAGACUUAUUCACUGUAAGAUGCUGCGUGCUGAUGGAUGAUCAUCAAGCAGAGGUGCGGAGUUUCCCGAUGCCGACUAGGUAAGUAGACCGCCGUGACACUUUUGUGGCGACCGACAACACCGCGGUCAUGCUCACGCAACACAAGCUUUAUCGAUUGGCAACCUCUCAUAACUUCUACCCUUCUGCACGACUUCGAUGGUUCGCAUCUUCCACUCGCUGUCUACUUCCUACACCAUCUCAUGGCACUGACUCCCCUCCCCACGAUCACACAUGCGUAUCGUACAUGCCCGCACGCCCUCGCAGAGUCGUUGUGGGUAUCACAGGCGCUACUGGGACCGUUUACGCGAUUCGCAUACUCCAGAUCUUGAAGGAGCUGAAUAUCGAAACCCACCUUGUCAUUUCCAAGUGGGCCCACGCGACUCUCAAGUAUGAAACCUCGCUGGGAGCGGCUGAGAUCACUGAACUCGCCACCAAAUCAUACAAUGCCCGCGACGUGUCUGCCGCUCCGGCCUCCGGCUCAUUCCAGCACGACGGAAUGAUUAUUGUCCCCUGUAGCAUGAAAACUCUUGCGGCAGUACGGUGUGGGCUAGGCGAAGACUUGAUCGCGCGUGCGGCCGAUGUCAGCCUCAAAGAAGGCCGGAAGCUAGUGCUUGUCGUGCGAGAAACUCCUCUGAACGAUAUUCAUCUAGACAACAUGUUCACAUUGCGGCGGGCAGGCGCCGUGAUCUUCCCACCUGUGCCUGCCUUCUAUACGCAGCCACAGAGUCUGAAUGAUGUCAUCGAUCAGAGCGUGGGGAGAAUGCUGGAUUCUAUGGGCAUAUUUACUGAUAUAGCUCCGAGGUGGGAAGGAUUCGAAAGAGGCAGGACAGUGAAAGGCCAAGCUAAACGGACGCCUUAGGCUAGGGUAGUCAUUGCUACAACAAGGUCUUUGACCUAUUCGUAUGCUUGUUUGUGAGGUACUUUAAAUUUAGAUUGAAACUCAGUAGGAAAAACGCCAAGGAGUUUCCUUACCAUUGAUCAUCUGCGGUGACCUGUUUGUUCUCGUGGCGAUGUCCUGUUAAUUAUUUCUUAUUUACUGUUAAUGUUAGUACAACACACGAA